AUGCCAUCCAUAGAUACAUUUACUUAUCUAGACCCCUCAAAAGAUCGAAGGGUUGCUAUAAUAACCGGUGGAAAUAGUGGAAUAGGAUUCUAUACGGUAUUACAAUUAUAUUUGCAUGGUUAUAUCAUAUAUAUUGCUGGUAGAUCUCGAUCACGGUGCAAUAAACUGAUAAAUGAAUUAAAAGCUAAAGCAAUUGAAAUUAUAGAUGCAAAAUUUAGUAAUUCAAACACAAACAUAAAAAACAAUGAUGAAAUCAUAGAAUUUAAUAAGUUGAAAAACAGGCAAUUGGGGGAAUUGCAUUAUCUUGAAUUGGAUCUUAGUAAUUUGCAAUCUGUAUUAAAAGCUGUGGAGACAUUCAAACAAAAAGAAGAAUACUUACAUUUGUUGAUUAAUAAUGCUGGAGCAAUGGCAGUUCCAUAUACAUUAACCCAAGACAACUACGAAGUUCAAUUACAGACCAACUUUAUAUCCCCAUUUUUGUUAACUUUAAAAUUAUUGCCAAUACUUGAAAAGACAAAAGAUCAAUUUCCAAAUUUGAUUGAAAAUCCAAGAGUAAUAUAUUUAAGUUCAAUUGGUCAUCAAUUUGCAUCCUUAUAUUUCAAUCUCAAAAAGCAAAUGAAUUAUAAACCUGACUUUAUAUUUACUUGGGUAAGAUAUGGAAUAGCCAAAACGGCAGGGAUACAUUUUAUGAAAAUGAUCGCAUUGAGAAAUCCGAAAGUACUUUGUAUCAUUGUUCAUCCUGGAUUUGUCAUGAAUCCAAAUAUUUUCACAUACUGGACAAAUUUGCCUAUUGUGGGGAUCUUAUUUUGGUGUUUUUUCCAAAUUUUUGCAUAUUUUUUUGGUGUAACUCCCGAGCAAGGAGCUGAUGAAGUUACAAAAGAAUCAUUGAAUUCAAAUUUUACUAUUGAGAAGAAUAAUGGAGAAUCUUUUGGACCUGGCGGCAAAAUAAUUCAACCUUCCAAAGUUGCGAGUAACAUGGAUUAUGCGGCUAGAACGUGGAUAUGGACUAUCCGUGAAUUAAACGAACGUGGUGUUGUUGUUGAUUAA